UGAAGUGACGAAAGCGCCAGUGAAAGUUGUGUCGUGGGACCAACGCGAAAAGCCAGAGAGGUACCUGUCGUCUUUGUAUUCAACAAGCAAGAGCGUCAGAGAACACCGAUCGAUCAAACGAGUUCGCCAACCAAACAACUUUGAUGACAUGGCAUCCAUUUUAUGUUUUUUUAUUUGCUGGCUGAUCACUAGUGCUUUGAUAGCAGGUGGUCAGACUACAACUAAAGCCUCUUUAAAUGUUACAGGGGCUAUUACGACAAGUAGUACUACAGAGACUAUUUCUAUAACAGCAAUUCCUUCAGUGACUAAUAACACCAAUACAGCAUCACCUCAUGCAUACAAUACAACACCAAACAGCACUAUUACAACCCUCACCUCCUCUACAAUCACUUCUACAAACAGUACAAGCACGUCACUGGUUAGCUCCACUCCUUUACCAAGCACAGCAUCCAUCACUUCAUUAUCCAGUGGGUCUACCACAUCUACACCAACAACUACACCAACAACUACAUCAACAACUACAUCAACAACUACACCAACAACUGCAACUACAACUGCAACUACAUCAUCUACCACACAAGUCCCAAGUACGACCCAUGCAGCCACACAUAGCACCUCACUCUCACUAUCCACAUCAUCUGGCGCAGUCACUCCUACAAAGCCACCAACAAACCUAGAGAACGUCACAGUGAGCGAAACAAACUUGCUGCUGGCCAGUGACAAGUUCUUCAUAGAGCUAUCUGGACCUGCAAAUAUUAGCCUGCAUGGUUUGACUCUGGCAGUUUAUGACACAGAAGCAGAAUCGUCUGUCUGGAAUAUUACUUUUUCUGCAAAUGAUAGCCUCAAUGACAAAGGUCUGCAUGUAGUACAAAAUAUCAAUGGUGCAGCUGAUAUGCAGGGAGCAGUGGCUGUGGUUUUAUUCGAAUCAAGUGGCUUCAGAAAUAAUUUCACCGAGUCUGAAAAAAGCAUUGUCAGUCACUUGAUGUUUUCAUCAAACUCUUCAUCUGUUUAUCCUGCUUAUCGUGAAAUCUUACUCAGAAACCAAAACAAAUUCUUGACUGUUGUGAACAAAACGAAGCUCCAGGUCAGCUCAGUCAGCAUGAGUCAUUGUGGCGAUAAUCUAUAUCCCAUACUUACGACAUCAAGCCCUGGCAUGGAGAACAUCUGUUCAUUUCCAGAGAACCUCAGAACUGUAUAUACAUUGAUGCUGAAGAAAAAGAAAGAGGUUAAAAUUGAUUGCUCCAAGAUAGCAACUGGUUUCUCUUACCAGCUUAUGUCAAACAUUAGUGAAAAGUGUCAAUGCAGUGUAAACCCCGGUCUUUUUCUGGACUCCAUAGUGACCUGUAAUGACAACCUGGUGGUGCGGUUCACCUUUCGGGCAAUGGUGCCUCGGCAGCUGGAGAGUUUUAACGAAAGUUACCAUGAUUAUGUAACACAGAACAAAGAUACAUUAGUGAAUGAAAUACCAUUUGAGCUGAUGAUUUGUGCUGAUACCUGCAACCCUCCACAUGAGCCCACAGGAAAAAAUAAUGACACUAGUGUCACUGCUGCGGUCGUUCUUUCCUGCAUUGCGGUCUUCAGUGUUAUUCUCAUUGCUGUGAUUGUCUACAUGCGCAGGAAACGACGAAGCACGUUACAAUUCCGCAUGUCACGACUGAAUGAAGAUGAUGAUAUGAUUGGUGACAUGGAUGAUUUCAUUGGCAGUUCUGACAACAACGAACCCAGCUUCACAAACUCCCAAUAUAAUUUAACACGCUGAAAACUUCAGAUACGAGUUUGUUUAUGUUCAUGUGUAUGUUUGAGCGGAAACAUUGUAUUAAAUGAUUAUUUUACAGUUGCUGUUUAUAUCUGAUCUGUUCAUCACAGAAUAUUUUGGUUUAAAAAUAUAUUGGAAAAAAACUAUGGAUUUCAAGUCAGCUGUUGAUUUUUGUUGUCCUUCGUUCUCCUUGUCUUAUUCUGUUAGUGUGGCACUGCAACAAGUUAUUUGUGGUGGGAAAAUACAUGUGUUUAUUGUUUUUAACCUGCAAGUAGUUCUUGUUUGCUAAAAUUGUGCAUUCAUUUUUUUUAAUAGCUGCAUCAUGUGUUUAUCAAAAAAGAUGAGAGAAAAUUAGUUGAUUUGCUAAAUAGAACAAGAUAAUUGUUUUUAGUCUUACUGUUGAGAAAAAAACAUUUUUAAAAUUGUGACAUUUUCCUUCUCUUAUUUAUCUUUACACACACAGAGAAGAGAGGAUGAUAAUGGAAUGUUCAAGCCUUAUUUUGGACACUAUUAAGUGUGUGUUGCAUUCACUAAAGGUACCUAAACAUGUGACUUGUACUUCGGAUAUGUGUUGCUAGUGAAAAUAUGAUCACUGCUUUAGUUGUGAUAAAGAAUAAACUGGCAGUGCGCCAUUUAAUAGAUUUUUAUUUUCAUACACAUUUGGAGCUUUUUUGCCAUAGUAACUUCAGUUUUCUCCUGGCACUUUUUAUGGCUAAUAUUCCCAUAGGUGAAAUGUUCAGAAAGGUAUGUUGAAGAGAAGAGUGAACAGUUGGAAGAUAAAGAAUGUCUUGUGCUAUCAACAGCAUUGUGCUUUUACUGUUGUAAUGAUGUUUCUGGGUCAUUAUUCCAGAGGAGUCAGAAGUAAUAAUGCAUGACUUUCCUUUUAAUUGUUGUUUAAUUGUUCACUUCUGUGAAUUUUUGUUAGAGACUUGAAUCAGCUGAUGAUCAUUUACACCGGUCAGAUGGUGGCAGUUGUCAGGGAAACCAGAUAGAUGCAGUGGCUAAUAAUGUUCACAACUUAGGUCUGUCUUGAGCCAGUAUGCGAGUCGUACAAGGUGUGGCCAGUCCAUUCUGUCAUGUUUGCCAGCCAGUUUUUUUUUUCUCUGUUUGCCUUGACAUCAACAACCCUCCAAGAUACCCUGAAGGACAGAGUGUCAUGCCAUAUCACAUGAUUAAACAGACCAUCUUGUAUCACUUAUCAAAAGGUGUGCUUGGUAGCCCAUCCAGGUAACUGAGCUAUGGACAUUGUUGGUGUUAAAUUCUGGAUUUCUUACAGCCUGGUUCUUUUUUUCUUUAUUGGCAAGCAGAGUCUGCAUCCUGUAUCCAUACUGAUGUAGAAAGUUGGUACUUGGUAGCAAAUAUAAAAAUCAUUGCCAUUAAAUCUUGGCAAUUAAUUGCUACUGUCUCUGGUGCAGAUUUUGCCAAGUACUUAAAACUGCUCAUCGUGUUAGCUGUUCUUGUCUAUAUAAUUCUUUGUUUUGCCAUUUGUGUUCACCAUGACUUGUAUAUUAUCAAGAAUUUAAUGAGCUUUUGAGACUAUUGAGAAUGUCUUCUGCAUGGGUCCAAAAUAGUUAUAUCAUUCUAUCAUCAUUAUGAAAAUAGCACAUUCAAAUAUUACACUGUCUUCCAGAGUUUUUUUUGUUUUGUUUUGACAUUUCAAGUUUAGUUUACUCAUAUUAAUCUCUGAUAUUAAUAAAUACUCAAGAAGAGUGUUUGGAAAUGUAUAUUAUAAUACUGGAAUAGACUGAAAAUCUUUGUUAUGAAAGCAGGUUCAAGAACUAUGACAAUUUACAGAUUUAUGUUGACUGUUUUACGAGUAGCAAAUAUCUUGGAUUUUAAAAAGUGUUAGAUUUACUGGCCAUGAAGCUGUCAGUGAAAUAGAAGAGGAAAACAAACUUUGUUAAGAGUAGAAUAUGAGCUGUUGUUAUAAUUAUAAAGUACUGUAACAAGAGUGAAGACAGAAGAAAUUGGUCCAUGGAUUAAUUGAACAAGAGAAAAUAACAUUUCCCUUAAUAGAUGCUUGUUGACAGGAUGAAAAAAAUCUAAUGUUUGUUGGCCAUAAAAGUGAGUCUUGCUGAAAAGGGUUUUUAUAUUCUAGGUCACACAUUCCUUUCUUCAAAUCACCUGUUUUUUAAAGUUAAACAACAGGAGUGUUUGGUGGAUCUUGUGUAAAUUUCUCUUUCAUCACUUCAUAAACUCAUUAAAGCUAUUUAAAGGAGAUAUAUGUAAAUGAGUAUUUUAUUUAGAGUAUGAAAUACUUGUCAUCUUUCCACAAAUGCAUUAGAUCUUUUUAGUAAUUUAGAAUCAUGCACCAACGAUUGGGAAGGAAUUACAAGGCAUAUCCUACUUCCCUUCGAGUAUUUGAUAAUAUCAUCUGAAUCUUAAUAAAGAAAUGAUUUUUUUUUUAAAUUUUGGGUGAUUAUAGUUUUAGAAAGUGCAAAUCACUUAAUUUGGAAGCUUGCUUCUAUUGUAUGCUGAAGAGUCAAACCCUCAUGGUCAAUGAAUAUUGUGUAUAGUGUUUCAGGAGACAAUAUUUAUAGUUUUACAUAGAGCAGUAUGUUGUGAAUACAGGUUGUGACAUGUGUUUUGAAGCUGACCACGAGUUAUUUUAAGACUAUUAUCUUUUUCCAGUAAUGGUAAACUCUGACUAUUGCAAUUCAACAGAUGGACAAGGUCAGCAUUAUGGAAAGACACUCUGUUUUUGUUUUAAAUAACGUUUUUGCAAUAUAGUGAUAAUCUUGAUGCAGUGAUAAUCUGAAUCUACAGAUUCCAGAAAAUCUAUGUAUACAUCCAUUCAUUUGAACAUAAGUUUGUGUGUGUGAGCAUGCAUGUGUACAUAUUUUAACGAAGGUUUUCACUGGUAAUUCAGCUCUCAUCAUUGUAUUUCCCCUGCUGUAUUUCAAAUGUACAAGGUCACAAUUUACCUGAAAGUAUUUCAGAUCAGUUAUUUGUGUAAGCAUUAUCCCCCAAAUCUCUUUUGAUUUUCAGUUGUCAGAUGCAGUGAACUCUGGAAUCAAAAGAAGAUAGGGAGAUACUGUGUAUGCGUUGGUUGAAUGUUUGGACUUGUACAGCUCAUGUAAACUUUCAAGAAAGCUGAGAAAUGUCUGAUGUAUGCUAACUCAGUCUUCCUUGACAUGAUCAUGAAAAUAUUAUUUAAUAUAUUUUCCUGAAUGAAGAAAGAUGCUGAUUGACAUGGUAUGUAAAUAUGCUGCUAGACCAAGGUUAUGGCAGGCAGUGAUUACUGUGCCUUUAAACUUAGUCAUCCUAAGCUUGAACUUGUCACCAAAAUAUCGCUUUCUAGUGUUUUCCUGAGGCAAAGAUAGUGCUUGAGUGACACACAUUUGUUGAAUUUAUACAAUGUUAUUUUAGACAAGUGGGUGUUUUCAUUGCAAGAUACUACAAAAUUUUGAAGAUCGUUGACCUGUUUCCAACAUACCAGCUUUUAAGUAAAAACAUUUCUACUUGUGCACAGAAAGAAUUCAAACUGCAGCAUUCAUGUACUUGGAUUUUCUUGCAUUAUUAUAAGUGUAGCCAGUUAGCUGGAAGAAUAUUCGAAGCCAUCCACAAAAUACCUUGAAUGGCAAUGAAAUAUUGGUAAUUGAGUAACUGGUACUUUGUGAUUGAUAUUGUUAUGAACUUUCACGUAUGAUUCCAAUGUAUUCUCCUUAUUAAAGGUUUUUAAAAAAAUGUAUUGUAUAUGAAGGCAGAUUUCAAACUCAUGUAGGUGCUUUAACUUCCUUGUGUGCGGCUGGCAUCUGGUAAUGAACUUAACCCAGUCCUUUGAAAAAAGUUGUGAACAUGUUUGACAGAUUGGUUUCUGACCUUGUGAUAAAUGAGAAUAUAUAUAUUUGAGAUAUCUUCAUCGCCAAAUGUUUUACAAAAAAAUUUAUUGCGAAAGAAUCGCAGUUGAGUACAACAAAACAUUUCGUGUUUGUGAUGUUUGCUAUUUGUAUUUCUUGACGCCUUUAUGUCUACUCUUGAAAUCUGUAACAUGAUGCACAGUCAACAGCAUCUUUAUAAACCUAGGUGGAUAUUGUCAGACUUUAUUGUCUUGGUCACACAGAAUGAUUAGACAUUAUCAAAUCAUAAUCAUUCCAGUCUGUUUUGUCAUCUGUCUGUUACUUUCAUUUGCUUUUGCAUUCCUACUGUUCUUGGAAUGACAUUUUUGAGCUGAACAGUCUACUCAUGGUCACAAAAGUUAUCUUGUUAUGACUGAAUUUCUCGUAACAGUGAUGAAAGAUUUACAAAUCUCGUAAAUUUGAUCGCUGAUCAAUUAAGAUCAAAUAUUAAUAAGGUGCAUGUGGUACAAAGCCAAGAAUCUUGCAACUGUCCUUGAUCUUUAUUCUUGGUUCUUAGCCAUAAUGAAAUUACGGAAUUUUUGUAUUUAUUCAGAAUAUUUUACCUUCCUCACCAUAGGCAUGAACCUUUGCUCUUUGAGGAGCAACGAGGAAUAAACUCAAAAACUAAAAACUCAUCAUAGGUCCAACCCCUCUGCUGUCCAUUAACUGCACAUAAACUUGAGAAUAUUUCUAUCUCAUUUUUCUGACUACAGUUCCCAUCAACUGCAGUUUGUUGAAGGCUAUUUUUUGGAGUUUAAUUAUACCUCAGCCAAACAGUUGUAGAAUUAAUCAAAAUUUUAAAGAAAAAGUCUGAGGGAUUAUCAGUCUUUUAAAGCAAUAGAGAGUAAAUGUAAGUUUGUUUCUGGAUUAAUGCUGCUGCUAGUUAGCAUACACCAUUUUAGUUUCUUGAAACUUUGAACAAAAAAAUGCUGACUUGAUGCAAAAUCCUUCACCCACAUGCUGGGACCAGUCAGGGUGGUGGUGCUACUCCCAUUGUUUUGUUACAUGCCUUAAGAAAAAGUGUUUUGUCAUUUGUAAACAUACUAUGCAUCUUUUAAAAUUGCUUUCAAAUACAUGUACUUGCAAAGUUUUACAUUUUUUGGUGCAUAUCAUGUUUUUGAUAUUAAUAACUGGAUCAAAUUUCCAUUUCAUAUUUUUUGAAAGAAUAAAUGUUUGCUUUUAGUGUUUGUGUACUUUUUUGGAACAUAAGCUACAAGUGUGUACUGUUCCCUCCACCCACAAAUGAUAGGUGUCAAUGGUAAAAAAAAAACCCGACACCCUGCAAAUCUGUAAUUUCAUAUUGCAUUGAAUUGGACCAGCAUCCCUCCCCUACCCAAAAAAAAAAAAAGAAACCACACACACACACAUUUAACUAGUGUAAAUGGCAAGUGAUGACAGAGGAAAAUGGACAGAAUGGAUUUAGUAAUCAAUGAAUGCUGAGAAUAGAAUGCUGUGUAAAUAAACUUUUUUUAAGAAA